ACUGACCGGAGCUUUUUUAACACCAACCAAAUAUUUGUUUCAUCUGUCUGUGACCACCUUAAAAGAUCCAGAAGUGCGUGAACCACUCGGAGAGCCUGUCUGGAGAUAAUAGGAUUUUAAGGUGGACCGUCAUCUAUGUGUCUCGUCUGUAACAAUUUUGUGUGAAGGGCUGCUUUAAGAGUCCGCCCUCUGGCUGUCACUUGUCCCGAGAUCACGGGAUGCAUCAACGCGAGAGCGCCGCACAGCUACAAAUCUCUUUCUCAUUGGUCCGAGAGAACCGAUCUAAGAUGGCGCCUAGAGAAAUAUGAUUGUUUAUGAAAAAAGAAAAAAGAACUACAGUUAUCCAUCUAGGGUAAAUAACAAUAACAGACUAGCCCCCGACACAUGUUAUACUGGUUCGUCGACUGGAAGAGGAACCUUCUCACGAAGCCAGGUUGCGCGACUCACUUGAGGAGAAGAGCCAUUUCUGCAGACUGACCUCUCAAUAAGGGGUCAUCAAGGGUGGCAAUGAAUAACUCCCUGGAGGGGACGGGCUCCUACGAGGAGUUGGUGAGGCAGAAAGCUCGGAGCAUCCCUCAACAUCGCAUGAAGGAGUUUCUGGAAUCGUUGGCCAGCAAGGGUCCGGGGGCCCUGCAAGAAUUUAGCCAGCAAAGUGAAGACACUACGACCACCACCACCACAGUGGUUUACCAGCAGGACUCCAACUGCAUCUACACAGACAGUACGGAGGUGGCCGGGUCCUUACUGGAGCUGGCCUGUCCGGUUCAAGUGCAGGUCCAGCCUCAGCAGCAACAUAUACCUGACUCCACGUCUCAGCAACAGGCAGAACAGAGCGUACAGCAGGAGAUAGUGCAGGUUCAGAUUCAGGACCAGCACCAGGGUCAGAUGUUGGGCCAGGUCCUUCAAGUGCCCUCCAGUUCACAUCAACAGCUACAAGGAGUGACCACGGCACAGCUGAUCCAGCCUGGAGAGCUGACAGAGGAGCAGCAGCAACAGCUCCAGGCUCAGUUGGUGGCAGCAGUAGCCGGAGGACAACAGAUCCAGAUCCAGACCGUCGGUGCCCUGUCCCCCACUCAGCAGCUGGCAACUACAGUUGCCACCACCCAGGGGGCCGGCGUCCUGCAACCAGCCAAGAAGCGUAAAGUGGACAUGCCCAUCACCGUGUCGUACGCCCUGCCCGGUCAGCAGGUGGCCACGGUCCUGGCCAUCCCUCAGGGUCAGGGCCAGCAGCAGAGUUACUUGUCUCUGCGGCCGGACCUCCUGACUGUAGACAGUUCUCAUCUGUACAGCGCCACCGGCACCAUCACCAGUCCCACGGGGGAAACCUGGACCAUCCCGGUGUAUUCCGCUCCUGCUGCCUCCGGUGGCCGGGAACAGGUGACACACAUCGCGAUCCCCCAAGAAGCCUACGGAACAGUGCAGGUGUCGGGGGCAAACACUACAACAGCCAACACCCUGUCAACGCAGGUGACUGUUGAAAACGACAAGCUGAAGAGCCCCUCCAGUCACAGUCUGACGGCACAGGCCCUUUCCAGCAUAACCAGCUCUGGAGGAAUGGGGGGGCAGGAAGAAGUGGUGCACACGCUGGCUGCCAACACGCUGUUUCCUGCCCAGCUGAUGAACGGGAACAUCCACAUCCCAGUGGCGGUGCAGGGUUACUCCAACACCACACAGUCUCUCAUCUGGGACCCGCAGCAGCAGGUGUUGCACACACAAGGCCUGACGGGGCAGGAGGGGCAUCAGCUGCAGGCCCAGGCCGUGGUAACAGAGGUGGACGGACAAGUGCAGCAGCAGGUGCAGGUGCAGGAGCUGCUGCUGCCGGCCACGCUGAAGCCAGAAGAAGGACUUGAAGUCUGGAGACUUUGGGCUCAGAAGAAAAAUGCCGAGUUGGACAAAGCGGAGAACAACAAAUUAGCUCCAAUCGGCCGCCGUCAGGUCCUGCGAUUCCAGGAGGACUUGGUGUCCUGUGCCGUGGCCGAGCUCUGCGUGGGUCUCUCCCUGAUGACCACCGAGGCUCGAGGGUUGCAGGAGGAGACCUUUGACGCUGACGUCCUUUACUAUGUGUUUCGUUGCAUACAGAAAUAUCUGUUUGACAACGGUCGCGUGGACGACAUCUUCUCAGACCAGUACUACACACGCUUCGCUCACAGCCUGUACCAGAUCCUGGAGCCUUGGACACCGAGCGUCCAUUCACUAGGUUAUGUAAUACCCAGUCACGUGACAGAGGAGAUGCUGUGGGAGUGUAAACAGCUGGGAGCUCAUUCACCGUCAACACUGCUCACCACUCUGAUGUUUUUCAACACCAAGUAUUUUCACCUGAAGACGGUGGAGCAGCAUCUGAAGGUGGGCUUUUCUAAAGUACUCAGACACACGAGGAAAAGUCCCAACAACCCCAAAGACAAGACCACCAGCAUCCGCUAUCUGAAGUCCACAGAGAGGUUCGCAGGCCAGAAGGUGACAGACGACAUGUACUCAGAGCAGCUGGAGGAUCCAGACAACCCUCUGCGCUGUCCCAUCAAACUCUACGACUUCUACCUCUUCAAAUGUCCACAAAGUGCUAAAGGUCGCAGCGACACCUUCUACCUGACCCCGGAGCCCGUGGUGGCCCCCAACAGUCCCAUAUGGUACUCCACGCAGCACAUCCCUCAGGAGCAGCUGGGGCAGAUGCUGGCCCGCAUCCUGGUGGUCCGUGAAAUCCAGGAGGCCUUCAGCCUGUUGGAGAGCGUGCAGUAGACUCUGGAGUUGACCGACCCGUGGUUGACGGUUGAUCUCUGUCAGCCGGCAUAUCUUCACAGUGGUUGUGUGUGUGUGGAUACCAGAUAAUCAUGCUUCUGGCUGGAGUGGCCACUCGAGACUUUUUGGGUUUGGUUUUGUUUUUAUGGACACGUGUUCUGGACACUACUAUUGGACCUUAAUUAUUUUAUUGUUUGUUUUGUUGACCUUUGGUCUGGAUCAUCAUGGUCUCUUCCUGUUUCAGUCUGUAAUAUUCAGUCAGGUUGGUCUGCACUCCUUCUUUCUUCCGUCUGUUGUACUGUGAUAACGAGGAGAGCUGUUGUGACUCAAGCUGAGGUCCCACGAAGACGCCAAAGACUCCUGCCGUUCAUCACAACUUCACCCACCUGCAGCUACAGGCCCUCACCACACGGCGGCGAUGUAGCAGAGGGACUAAUGAGGAAACAGAACCUGCUGCUGGACUCUUUCCUGUGUCCUCAGUGUACCCUCAGAUCUCAGCCCCAGAGCGCCACCUGUCAUGAACAUGUUGGGGUGCAACAUGUUCAUGACAGGACAGACUGUAGAGAGACCAGGUGACGCCUGGUGUUAAAUCGUGCCACUGGUACUGGUUCCUUCCUUCACUGCUCUUCACACCACAGCCUUUUUGUACAGCCGUGAUAAACGAGUGUCAGCCUUUCAAAUACUGUACAUAUAUUUCACUGCACUGUGUUGAAGAUGUUGCACAAUAUCUUUUUAUUCCAAAACAAUACAAGUACUUACUGCAAUAUUUCACCAGUAGGAAAAGAACAUUAAUAAAUUAUCAGCCAAUCGACAGGAAA